CACACACACGCACGGACGGACACACACCCGCACGCACACGCGCACGUAACAAGCACACACGCACAGGCAGCCCGCACCCUGGCUCCCGCUCCGCCACCCCGCGCCCAGGGGGAAGAUGAGCUCGGGGGACGUGGUUUGCACCGGAUGGCUUAUCAAAUCACCCCCCGAGAAGAAACUCAAGAGAUACGCCUGGCGGAAGCGCUGGUUCGUGCUGCGCAGGGGCCGUAUGAGUGGGAAUCCCGAUGUGCUGGAAUACUACAGGAACAACCACUCCAAAAAGCCCAUCCGCAUCAUAGACCUCAAUGAAUGCGAAGUGCUGAAGCACUCAGGGCCCAAAUUCAUCAAGAAGGAAUUUCAGAACAACUUUGUCUUCAUUGUGAGAACCACCUACCGCACCUUCUACCUGGUAGCCAAGACUGAGGAGGAGAUGCAGAUCUGGGUGCACAAUAUCAGCCAAAUCUGUAACUUUGGACAUCUAGAAGAUGGCACAGGUUCUGUGGAGAGCCUAUCUCACACGACCUCGUCCCCACAGCCCUCACCGGCCGCCUCCACCCAUGCCUCCCGCAUCGCCGACCCCUCCUUCUCAGCUGACCGCACUGCUGCUGAUGCUGCUGCUGAGGAGACCCCCAGUGAGUCCGAGUCAGUCUUCCUCCCUGACUACCUCUUCCUGUCCAACUGUGAGUCGGGCAAGCUCAGCCACAACAGGUGUGACAGCUGGUCAAACUCAGACAGAUCUUUGGAGCAAACAUCAUCAGACGAUGUUUUUGUUGACUCCUUGCAACCACCGCCCUCCUUGUACCUUGUACAGCCAACCAGUGCUGGCACUGUGCACAAGGUCGGAGCCCCAGUGGCAAAUUCCAGCAUCGUGUCCAGGAACACAGAUAUUAGUGGGUCAUCCAGUGACUUUUCCUCCUCUUCUCCACUGCUGGGGAAGCCACUGACACCAACGUUUCAGAUUGACAAGAGCCAAAAUGCGCUGCCCUAUGGUGUAACCCAGCUGGAUGUGCUGUCCAACACGCCCCCACCGCGGCCGCCCAAGCCAACCCACUUAUCAGACAGGAGAGGAGGUGAGGUGGGCAGCGGAGCCCUCCAGAAUGGGCACACAGGGAUCUGCCGGGCUCAGGUUGCUCUGGUACCCAGAAGGAUCUCCUUGUCCAGCUUGGACAACAUGAGGAGCUGGAAAGAUAUGGAAGGCAGUUCCCUAAGAAGUCGAGAGAAGAGGCUUAGCUUGAAUUUGCCAUGCCGGUUCUCCCCGCUGUACUCGACGGCUGCGGACAGCACGGAGGACAGCUACAUGCCCAUGCGCCCCAGCACCUCUCCCUCCGCACCCAGCUCCGACUGUUCCCCUGAUGGCUACAUCCCCAUGAGCCCUGGCUCAGCCACCUUCACCUUCCCUGUUGUCAGCACUGAAAAACUCACCAGCCCAUUGCCUGAGCUUCCCUCCAACAUGGAGCCCCCUCCAGUGAACCGAGACCUCAAGCCUCGUAGGAAGUCACGACCACCUCCUCUGGACUUGAGGAACCUCUCCACAAUUCGGGAGCAUGCUGCUGUGACCAGGAUGUGGACUGUGCCUUACAAUCGAAUGAGCUUUAUCUCACCAGAAAGAGACAGUAUUAAUUCAGCAAGAAUAUUUGCCAAUUCAGUUUCCGGAGAAGAGGAAGAAAGUUACAUUCAUAUGGAACACAGACAGGCCGCAUCUCCAUACAGCGGUGCUUUUCCAUGGACAAGGAAAUCUAACCUUGAUUACUUAGCACUGGAUUUUAACUCUGCUUCUCCAUCCCCUGUGCAGAAGAAACCUUUUCUGUCUGAGGAACAGAGAGUGGACUAUGUCCAGGUAGAUGAACAGAAGACUCAAGCUUUACAGAACACUAAGCAGGAAUGGACAGAUGAAAGACAAUCAAAAGUGUGAAGGAAGAAGAUUUGGGAUCUGGAGGGUUUUUUUUUUGCACUGGAGCCGCAAUGUUAAUGAAGCAGCUAGCACAGUAGAGCUCAAAGAUGCUUCAAGUCUGUUGAGGCAUUUUUACUGGAAACCUUUGAUUUCAGCUGGAAAAAGUAAGUUGUGUGAGUGAGUGGUUCACUGAUGUCUAAAGUAAUGCAUUAGCCUUUUUACUACCCUUACCAGUAUGGUACAUGGUACAAUUUUCUGGCAUGAUUCUGCAACGAGUCAUAUACUUAACAUUCACAAAUUCACUACAAGUUGUAUUAAUCUACUUUGUCCUGCCUUCUCCUCUGUCACUUAAUUCCUAUUAAUUCCUCAAACUAUUUUUUGAUACCCCUAAAAAUGCUGCAGGUACUCAGAGUGCUUUUAUGGCAGCAGGCAUCUGACAGGUUUUGGUGACUAAUCAACAAAGGGCUAAAAUACUGAAACAAUAAAAAGAACCUUUUUUGAAUAUAUAGUGCUUAAGCAAAGAGAAUUUUGAAAAAUAUUUUUCCCCUGGGUUUAAAAGGUCUGGCUGUGAGCUGAUGCAGUCAGAACUCAAAACAGGACUACACACCCAUGCAACUGGAAUGCAUGGUCUUUGACCCUCUGUGUGACAGUCAUUGUAUUAAGCUUCUUCCCUCCAUUGUGGCUCAUACUUGUCACUUUUCUGUCUGAUUCCUACUGAUAUUUUCUCCCCUGUCUUGGAAAGUGUCUUUGGCACAGCCCAACUGCUCUUCUAGUAGGAGGCUGUAGCCACACAGCUCUUGGAUGGCCAAAAAAUAGAAAGGGAAGCUGUGAGCCUGUUUCUGCAAGCCUUGAGAGAACUGUCAGAGGAUCAAGACUGCUUUCAUCUGAACGGCAGAAGAAAUGCCAUUGAAAUUGCUGGUAGCAGUCAUCAGUCUGAUUGUUUCACUAGACCCACCCCAAAAUAAAAAAGAGCAUUAGGAAGUUCAGUGUGCUCUGCAAGAGGCCAAGAGCCUGCCAAAUCAGGACAACAAUGUGCUCAUGCAGCAUGAGGACGUCUGGGCUCAGGAAGCCUAUCUACCUUGGGACUUGUUAUCAGCACUCUCUCAGGAUGACAUAUCUGUAUAGUUUAUAAAAUAUUUAACUUCAAAUGCUUGACUGCAGUCUUUAUUUUACAGUGGCACAUGGCCACUUGAUUCAUGGAAGUAGGUAGUGACGCAGAGUGACCCACACUGGAUUUGGUCUCACAGGCUUUGCUCCUGUACAUGAGUCCCAGUAGCCAUAAGAGGUCUGAUCCUGUCAACAUGGAUAGACAGACAGGACCCUUACAAAAGAUUUCUUCUCUGACAAUGCCAAUUUACUGGCCUCCCCUCAUGUGCCUGUUGUUAGCACAUUGCAUUGCUGUAACCUGACAUCCUAAAAAUUCUGAACUACCAAACAGAGGUCACAGAAAUGUCAUUGCAGAAACCACUGGCAUUUGAAGGCUCCUACUCAACUACUUCCCUACACCCCAUCUACUCCAAUCAUUCAGGCACUCUGGGAGGCUGAGUCGCUCGUCCUGUGGGAGAAGCAGCAUAGCUAAUAGAAACAGUUUUCCUCCUACCUCAAGCGAGCUGAAGGGCUUGCAAGUCUCACUGCUUCUUUAGCCCAGCCCCUGGGGAUCUAUGGUGACCAGGAUCUCACUAGGUUACCCUGCAAGAACAAGGUUCACCAGCGCCUUCACUGACUGGGGCAAACUGGGCACCCAGGCCUGUGGGCAUGAAGUGUCCUGGACUAGAGCUGCUUGGAAUACUGGGGUUAGUCCUGCAGAUAGCUGACCUGCUGUUCCAUCCUACUCUGCUCCUCCCCUUCCUCACCAAAGCUCUCAAAUGAAAGCUGAUGUUCAUAAAAACUUUGCAAAUAAUUCCAACUUUUCCAUACAUAUCUUGUCUGUCUGGUGCAAAAUUCAGUUUGUCAAAACCCAGCUGUUUCGUCCUCUGAUUUAGCAGAGCUAUGAGCACCCAUGCCCUGGGAGUGAUAUUGUGUCAGGGGCAGGGUGUUUGGGGAGAGGCAGUGGAGAUCUACACCUACACAGAGGUGUCAGAGAGAGGGAAGCAUGGAAGGACCACGGAUACUUUGCCUUUCUGCUCCAAAGAAUUGUCUUCCUUUCAAAGUGUGCAAAUAGCACGUGUUGCUGAAAGCUCUUGAUAUGUGCUGAUGUACUGAAAGGGUUAAAAGAACAGCUAAAAUAUGUCUUAAAUUGCAGACAGACAACCUCCACAAAGGGUGAGCAAAGUUAUGUUCUGCUACUGCAGGUCCUGGAUUGUGGAGAGAUGGCAGGCAGGAAAGCCUCUGAUGCAGAUCAGAAUCACAUACAGAUCAGCUCAUGUUUGGAGUGUUUCCUUUCAUGCUGUCAGACAAUCAUCUGAAGUGGAAAAACACCAAGUUAUUGGAGACUGACUCUGUUGUUAUUCUAGUUUAUUGUAAGAAUAUUUGAACUUCAGCAAACCUGGCUAACAGAUCAUUCAGAAGUUUAGAGAAGAAAAAGCUGUAUGUGGAUUUUUACUCCCCUAAAAGGACAUAAGCUUAUAGCUUGACAGGGACUGUCCUUAGAUUAGAAUGGCCCCUUUCAACUUCCUGUGUCCCCUGCUUGCUCUCACAACACUCUUAUCUUGAUCAAAUGCUGCUCACUGGUUUCUAACUUUCACUUUUAACUUGAAGCUAAGUUUGGGGGUUUAUUCCUAUUUUUUUAUGUAACAUCUGAUUUUAUCGGCUGCUCCAGGGCACAUGACAUACAUUCCUGUGCAAGUACAACACAUGAAACAGGAGCAAUUAAAAAAUACUGGGGAAAACUAUUUAAAAGCAGAGCAGUCCUUCUCAAAGGCUUUUAUUUCUUUUGUUUUGGUCAAAUUCCACUAUACUUGAAAGAGGGUAAAGAGGAGGAAGAUGGUGGGAGGAUGGCAAAGGCCAAAUCUGUUUUGGCCACCUCACCACUAAGGAUUUGGGUGUGAAGGGAGCUACAGCAGCCACAACUGACAAACCUGUGGACUAGUACCCAUAGAGCCAGCUGGUGGGACUGGAGGAGUGUUACAGAGCAAAAAGGAGUUACUGUUUAGUUAAGUCUGAUCUUAAUCCCUUGGCCAAGGAAGAAAGAAAACCUGAAAACUGAGUCAGCUUUUGACAGUGUCUGAAAAUAUACCCCAGGCCAGAGCCCUUGAUUAGUACUGGCCCUGGGGCCAGCCAGGCACAUUCCUGAUAGUGUCCUCUUUUUACCAUGGGUCUGUUAUUUGCAUGUACUUUUUUCAAAAGUGUAGUGAGAGCUGAUGCAGAGAGAGACUCUGCACAUAAAUAUAGAGUGGCCAGUGGCCCCUUAGCCCUGUGCUGAGGGAAUUGGAAUUGCCCAGCCCGAGUAUUGUAAUGCCUUCUCUAGCACUGCUGGGUCCUCUCAUUUAAAAUGGGGAGAGUGCUAAAUGAGAAGAACAGUUUUAGUUUAAUUGGAAAUGCCACCUUGUGGAGUUGCUGGAUGCAGCUUGGUUGCAGGAUGACAUGGAAAACAACCAAGCUCAAUGGUUUGAGUCCUGUGGUUAUUGUUGGGGCCAUCAGCUGAUUUCCCCACACUGAUGUGUUUAGUAUGUCCUUACUCAUCUCCUUCAAUGACUGCACAUUUGAUCAAGGCAGAGCGGUCCACAACUCAUUUGCUUUUUGGACUAAACUACAUUUUACAUUUAUAAAUCCUUUAUGAUAGUAGGCAGCAUUAAUUUCCUUACUGGCAGAAAUGAGCACUUAACCUGAGGAGUGCCAGCAGCCAUGUAACUGGAGCAAGGCGUUUUCAGCUAGCUCACUUUGCCAGUGAUAGCACCUGCAUUCUUCAUUGUCACUAACUACAGAUUGUCCUAGAUGUAGAUUUUGGAGUUGCAUUCACUUGCAGUGAUUCAGAGGUUUAAUAAUUCAAAGACCAUCAGAUGCUGUGAUGACAACAAAACACAGGGUAAUGCCUUCCCUUUGUCCCCGUUCUGCAAAACUUGCUCAGGUUUUUUUUUUAAAAAAAGCCACCAAAAUAGCAGACAUAUGCCAUGUCAAAGCCAGGAUAUUUUUUUUUAUUUUCAAAUAAAAAUAAACUUUUUCUCGUGCAAAUGAAGCAUUAUACAUUUUUUUGUAUUUGUAAAUCUGUGGGGAAGCAUUAAGCAGUCAUCUCUGUUAUGAAGGGACAUGUCAUUGCUAGAGGGAAGGGGCUCACCUUCCUAAUGUUUCAUUGUAAUGUUUGGUGUAUAUAUUUGCACAUUAAGCUGUAUCUUUUUCUAAUAAAUUAAUAUAAAAGAUA